GGCAUCGCCGCGGCUGGCUGCGGCCGCGGUGGCGGCGGCGCGCCGCCUCGCCUCUUCUCCCUUCGCUUCACCUCGCCUCGCCUCCCCCGGCCCUCGCCGCCGCGGAGGGGGCGGUGCUGCCUCCCCGCACUCCCCCGCCCGGCGCCCCCGCUCCGUCUCCGGGAAGGGCGCGGGGGAGCCCCCUCGGCGCGGCGGCGGAGUUUGAGCCGGCAGCGGCGGGGGCUUGGGUGCGAUGCCGUGUUAAGCCGGCGGCCCGCCCCCGAGGUAGCGCCGGCGGGGAAGCGGGGGGGGGACGAGUUGCCGGGGCUGCGGCUGGCACCAUGGGCACCGGGCUGGGGGGCGCGGCGGGCGGGCUCCCUGCGCGCUCCGGCUGAGCCCGGAGGAUGUGCCGGCGCCCUGUGGAAAUAUUUUGGAAAUAGCGCGGAGCGGCGGUCCGAGGAGGACGAGCGGCGCAGCGUUUCACCAGCUGAGAGGAGGUGGCCCGGCGGUGGCGUGUAGGCAAAAAAAUAUCACUUGCUGUGUCAUAGCACAUGGAUUUCAGGACCACCUGUGAAGAGACAAAGACAGGGAUUUGUUUGCUGCAGGAUGGUAACCAGGAGCCUUUCAAAGUGCGACUGCACUUAGCCAAAGAUAUUUUGAUGAUCCAGGAGCAGGAUGUGAUCUGUGUGUCUGGUGAGCCUUUCUAUUCUGGUGAAAGAACAGUAACAAUUAGAAGACAGACUGUAGGAGGAUUUGGAUUGAGUAUAAAGGGUGGAGCAGAACAUAAUAUUCCAGUGGUCAUUUCUAAGAUUUCCAAAGAACAAAGAGCGGAACUUUCAGGUUUGCUCUUUAUAGGAGAUGCAAUUCUACAGAUUAAUGGAAUUAAUGUGAGAAAAUGCAGGCAUGAAGAAGUGGUUCAGGUCCUUCGCAACGCAGGGGAAGAAGUGACCCUAACUGUGUCCUUUCUGAAAAGAGCGCCUGCUUUUCUCAAACUGCCACUGAAUGAAGACUGUGCAUGUGCCCCCAGUGACCAAAGCAGUGGCACAUCCUCUCCCCUGUGUGACAGUGGUUUGCAUCUCAACUACCAUCCCAACAACACGGAUACAUUAUCAUGUUCCUCAUGGCCAGCAUCCCCAGGACUUAGAUGGGAAAAAAGGUGGUGCGAUCUCCGAUUAAUUCCACUUCUUCAUUCACGGUUUUCCCAAUACCUUCCAGGAUCAGAUUUGUGCAGGCAAAAUGCGUUCCAAGUAAUUGCUGUGGAUGGGGUUUGCAGUGGAAUAAUUCAGUGUCUCUCUGCUGAAGACUGUAUCGACUGGCUACAAGCAAUAGCGAGUAACAUUUCCAACCUCACAAAGCACAAUAUAAAAAAAAUCAACAGGAAUUUUCCCGUAAACCAGCAGAUAGUCUACAUGGGCUGGACGGAAGAACGGGAACAAGACACCCUUCAGGAUCGAAUGUACACACCAAAGUUUCUAGCACUGAGGGGAUCUUCCCUGUAUAAAUUUAUAGCACCUCCAGUCACAACCUGGGAUUGGACACGAGCUGAGAAAACAUUUUCGGUUUAUGAGAUAAUGUGCAAAAUUCUCAAGGACAGUGAUCUACUGGACCGGCGGAAACAUUGCUUCAGUGUCCAGUCUGAAUCUGGAGAAGAUCUUUACUUUUCUGUGGAACUAGAGUCUGACCUAACACUAUGGGAAAAAGCCUUCCAAACAGCAACUUUUUUAGAAGUUGAACGGAUACAGUGCAAGACGUAUGCCUGUGUUUUGGAGAGUCAUCUUAUGGGACUUACCAUUGACUUUAGCAUGGGCUUUGUCUGUUUUGAUGCUGCCACAAAGGCUGUACUUUGGAGGUACAAGUUUUCCCAGCUGAAAGGUUCUUCAGACGAUGGGAAGAGCAAAAUCAAAUUUUUGUUCCAAAACCAAGAUACUAAACAAAUUGAAGCAAAGGAGCUGGAGUUUUCCAACCUGUUUGCGGUCCUUCACUGUAUCCACUCAUUCUUUGCAGCCAAAGUGGCUUGUUUGGACCCUUUGUAUGUAGGCAGUCAAGCCACAGCUUCUGCUGCUCCCACAACUUCUGGUACUGGCAAAUUAAAGUAUACUACUUGACAUCUUGCAUUACGGCACUGCCACUUAACAACAAGACAUAACAAUGUAUAAAUAUAUUCAUAAGAUGUAGACCUUUGGUGAACCAUAUACGUGGAAACCAAUCCUGGAGGCAAGACAUCUUGCAGCAUCAGCAGAUAAAUGGUCACGUGGGAUCAUAAAUUCAUCUCUGUUCUGCAAGACAUCAGUAAAUAAACCUAGUCGAAACCCCAGAAUAGGAUGGAUAUGCUUUUAGUAUGAUCUAUUUGUACUUACAUAGUGCUUUAAGCAACACUGGAAGCAAAGGAAUAAAUGACGAAAUGAAGCACUUCAGUAUUUAAUAAAAUUUUCAAAUUGCUGUAAUAAUACACAAAUAGAAUUGUCAUUUUCCUGUUUUCAGAUGUUUUUUAUGACGAUAUACUAAAUUCUGAGUAUGAACUUAAUACCCUAUCGUUAUAUUAUAAAUGACUUAAGAGCAAGCAACAAGCAUAUAGUACAUGGUGACAAGGAGAUAAGCAUGAAAAGGCAUUUGUGUAAGUAUCUCCUCAAAUAAGAAAGCACUUUAAGCACUGUUGUAAAUCCAUACUUGUGUCCAUACAUGGAGUCAUGCUACCUUUUGUAUUUUGUUCUUUCAGUCUAACAAUAACAACAACAAAGAUAUAGCCAUAUUGGACUGAUACCUAAAAAAAAAAAAAAAGCAAGCCACAAAAAGCGAAACACCUUUCCAUGAGUAAGUCCCUCUUCCUCAAGUAAAAAUAAUACAAAAUGAAUUUUAUUUUAAUCACAAGUGCAAGUGCAUAAAAUAUCAUGUCUACUAUUUCCUUCCUGCCUUUUUUUUUGUCAAGAAUUAAAUUCUGUCAAUCUAAUAGUCUUUGUUCACAAGACUUAGCUGUUGAAUGUGUUUCAGAAACAAUCUGCUUAAUACAUUGUUUCCAUGUUUAACCUUGAUUUCACAUCAUAAGUAGGAACUCUGUUCCCCUCAGGCUCUCAACAAAAUAGACAUUCUACAUUAUUCUUGAAAAAUGAGUCCACCCUUUGGAUUCUUAAUAAUUUCUUUUUUAUAUAUAUUGUUAGUAAAAGACAGGAAUAAAUUAAAUAACCUAUAAAGAACAGAUGACAGAAUGCAUAAUAUCUUUGUACGUUAAGAAUAUUACAUCACUCUGGACCACAUACUAGUUUCAGAGUGUCAUUUAAUGAUGAAAUCUGAGUGACUUGUAAAUUUUAAAUGAAUAACUUUAUUUAAAUAUCAUUUUGCAAAAUAAUUUAAUUUUGUGCUAUUACAUACAUCAGUGAAGAUGGAAAAAUGGUGGGAGUAUGCGUGGGAUAUACCUGAAACAACAGAAAUGGUGAGGGACUUUUUUUGCCAGACAGGAUAAGAGAACCUAAAAAACUGCAGGAAGAACAGCUAGUGCAGCUACAGCGUGUACAUAACAUUUUAAAUAUUACUUUGUGGGGAUUCUGUUUAUUGUAUUGAAAUCAAACUUGUUUGUUUUUUUUUCCUUUUUUUUUUUUCCCACUUUAACUUGUUAUAGAAGCACAUAGCACAUAAGGGUUAUGGACACUAUCUGCCUUGUUUAGCAGAAAGACUAAUUCUGUCACAUCCCUGUCUACAUAUGAACAUAAUUAAAACUUCAAAAGUGAAGCUAGAGAAAAGCUUUUUCAAAAUGGGAACAAUUCAAAAAUACAAGGCAGGAAAAAAAAGAGGAAUGAACUGCAGGGGAAAAUCAUGUCUCUUUCUUUUUUGCUUUGCAGUAGAAGUAUUUGUAUUUAUGUCUGUGGGAGUAUCCUUGCCUUGAAAUACAGCUGAUCACUUGAUACUAGUUCCAAAUAAUUUGAAAGUAUAUUUUUUGGGGACGCUUAUCACUUUCAAAUGACUUUCAGUACACACUUAAUUCUCUACUAGUACAUCGCCAAGGGUUACACAUUUAUUUUCCGUGCUAAAUACAAUGGAAUGAUGUCGUAAUUCAGCUAUUAAAUGCUUUAAGUGUCAUCAAAAUCCAACAUUUUCAUAGUCAUCAUCAUGUCUUUGUUUAUAUUAAUUGUCCCUAAAUAAGAGGGUCACAUCCUGGUCUCCGAAUGACACAUAAAACUACCAUGGCUGUCCGUGGGAUCUUGAGUUUGUUCCCGAGAGAGUAGAAACACCAGAUAUUUUGAAUCCAAAGCUACAACAGUCUGAGGGGUUUAACGGUGGUAACUCAGGCACCGUCCUUGUCAAGAAAGCAUAUACUGGAAACAAGUUUUGACAGAGCACUGACAGCGCUGAAAACAGGAGCCCGAUAUCUGUUAAUGACAGUUCUCUGAAUCUGCUCCCGAAUCACCUCCUUCCAAAUUUUAGUGCGUUGCUGUGGCAUUCAGCUAUCACAGUGCUGGCAUGUGCGAACACCUCGGUAAAUUUUCUGCUGCUAAUAGCAGAAUCUAAAACUCAUCAGCUGCCAGUUGAAAGUCUUUCCUUCAACCGUUCAUGUUAUGUGCACAGUCGUACCACUGAAACCAAGAGUUGUUGAAGGGACCUUGUUUAAUCUGCCUAAAUGAACGUCACAUUUACCCAACCCAAAAAGUAUGUCAUUGCAAAUUGCUGUAAAUUAAGGGAUUCCGUGAUAUGAAAGCCUCCCCCCCCACCACCCCGCAAAAAUUUGUUAAAAAAAUGUUCCUUGUGCAGAACGGAGGUAAUGACAUAAACUUUUGAGACUCUACCAGGGUAUCCUGUCUGUCACAUAUUCUGAUUGUAGAACUGCUGUGUUCAUCAAGGAGACUUUUGUAAGUGGGCAUUAAAUAUGUGACAUUUAAGAGACAAAUAUCAGCCUGUAAAUUGAUUUUUUUGUUGUUUUUCUAAACCCCUAUAUUUCAAAGAGCUAAACUGGUGGGGCUUAACCAAUACCUUUAUUUUCAAGAGGAUCAAAGUGAUGUUGUGAGAAUAUAAAAUGCCGUAGCCUUGACCGCAGGUCAGUGUUGGUUUGUAAAUGCAGCAGGGGUUUGUGCACGGACCUUAGAGAAUAUUCAGAGGUGACUCUGUGUCCACACUUGCCCUUUUAGACCAAGUUGGUCAGAAAUUCAGUCUUGAACCAAAGAGGGAAAAUUUUAAACUCUUUGUUAUAACUAAUCCUGAAAUAGCAAAAUAUAAUUUAGAAACAUAUUAAAUAGCUAUAUUUUUCAUUUAGAUACCUACAGGAGAUUCCCAUUUAAAGCGUAGUGAACUUCAUAGGCAUAUAUCAAAACCCAGGUUCUAUGUUGCAGCUUCUCAUUUCACAUGUGACAAGUAAUGAAUACCAGUAUUCUGUAAGUCAACACAGCCCAGUGACAAUGAAAUAACAAAAUUAUAAAGACCUAUCAGCUUUUGCUAAAAAUCUGUAUGCAAAUGAAAGAAAAUAUUUUAACAAAAAAAAUCAAACCAGCCAACCCGUAGCAUAAAAUGUAAUUUGUUCUCUUUAUGUCAUGAUAUUCUUCAAUAAGUUUAAUAAAAAGGAUUCUUUAUAGUACUGUGCUUAUUGAAGUGAUGUUAUAUAGUAUACCAAGAAUAUGUACUCUUAAGUAUAACUAAAUAUAUUUGGUUUGAUUUGCUUUGCUUUAUGAUGGAAAUUUUAGAUGACCCGACCUUCACAGAACUAACCGUAUGCUAGGUUAUUAUGAAAGUGUUACAGUUUUGAAUAUAUGUUAUUCUGGAUUUCAUCAGUGAAUGGAUAUGUUUAAUUUCCUACAUCUAUUUAAAAAUACAGUGCCAGAUUUUCAAAAGAGCUUUGCAUUCCAGCAGCGUGAAGGGACCUUUGAGGUAAAAAUCAGCAUAUUUUUAAAUGUUGGCCAUUUUAUUUUGUUAAUUAAGUGCAGGAAGAAGUUUGUGGAGACAAACUAGUUGUAAGUGGGUUACUUAUGAAAACCAGUAAUUUGAAAUUUUGGCUAUUCAAACUAGAGUUCUUAAGAAUGUAAAACAAUAAUAUUCGGUAUCAAUAUUCUUUGAGAUAAUAAUAAUGAAAAAUAAUCUUUUCCAAAUUAGAUCUUGAUUCCACAAAAAUACAUUUGUUUACUUUUUGCACUUAGACUUUAUCAGAACACCUCAAAUUGGACAAUUAAAACACAGGAGCAGGUAGUUGUCAAUACUGCAGCCUAUUAUUUCAAAUGUGAUUUGGUUCAUUCAAUGCCUUAAGAUGUUUCUUACAUAAAACAAAAUAUUAAAAAGGCUGAAUAUCUUAUGAAUGUACAGUUGCUGCCCUUAGAAAUUCAACAUCUUUGCUACCUAACAUUGUCUAAGUACCCUGGAGUAUUCCCUAUGCCAAAAAGAAAGAUCUUCCUUACAGGGUCUGGUCUCUGAAAAAUGUAGUGUCUGGAAAAAAGUUUAAGCUGAUUUUAAAAUGUUUAACUUUGGGAAUUAUGAAUUCAUACUUUGGGCUCGCACCUCUGGCCAGUGCUGCAUGAUGGGAAACAUGGGAGACAUUCACACAAAAAUCUAAGUAUCUGUCUUAGAAGCCUAAGGUAGGAAUUGAGGCCCUCAGAAAGGAAAUACAAGGCAGGAAUGGAACUUAGGAUCUCUGAAGGUGCAUGCAUGUUUGUGUGUCUCUCUUUCUAAGGAGGCAGAAGUGCUUUUACGUAAGUGCUUUCAUUUUAUCGGGAAUGUGCUUUUGAAGCCAGGCUCCUUCCUGCUGCCACUCACUGUGCUAUUCUUCAUACCACAGAGCUAUAUUUAAGUGCAUGAACUGGGUUUUUAGGAUGAAACUAGAUAAGCAUCACAUCUAUAGGAAUUCUGAGUCCUGAUGGGCUUUCAGACCAUGCAGCUGAAGUGAGUCCAAAGGAACAAACCCUCUGAGAUGCUAACAACACGGCUGCCAGCUGCUGGUGCCAGCCAUUUCUGUCUCUGCAGCGGCUGCUGCUCGUGCACCAUGGGUUCUUGAAGGACCCUAGAAAGCUGAGCUUCACAGGACAGCCCUCUAGAGCUUAGUACCUGAAGGGGGAUGCUGCGUUGCAGCAAGGGGCAGAAUGAAGCUGAAGAAGUCUGGUGGGUGCCCAGGGCAGGUUAUUCUGCAUCGCCUUGUUCCCUCGCCGCACAGGGCCAGUAUUGACCGCAAGCAGGCUACCCCGUGCUGGUCAGCCCUCCCCCUGCUGUGUCUUUGUCCCCGUCUACCACAGAUAGGCACCUGAAUAUUUGCUCUGAGGUCCCCAGGCACACGUCCCUGUCCCCUCACCCCCUUUGCUCAGACAGAUGGCCAAACUGUACUCUCAGCUACAUAAUGGAGCCUCUAAACCUCUUAUACAGUCAGGGGCGGUAUUAACGACUGUGGCAAGGGCAUCCGUGUAUCAGUAAGAGUGCUUGAGUGUGUGAUUAACAUUCAGGUUAAAAACAAAUAAAGUCAUAUCUGAGCUUGAGUGCUUUCCUGACUUGGAUGGUUCUUAAGUGCAAUUUUACUAUUUUCCUGGAAUAAGGUCUGUAACGUCAACACAUUUCUACUCGCUGGGCUCCAUUUUCAGGAAGUUUAGCAGAGAUAGCGGUUGGAAUCAUAGAUUCGGUUGGAAUCAUAGAGAAAAACAUGGGAAUACUGGAAUAAAAAUAAUUAUUUUUUUUUAAUUCUGUAUAUUAUUACAGUGCAUUGCAUAAUCUAUUAAAAUACAUUGAACAAUGUAAACCUAAAUGCUUUCAUUUAUAUAACCUAGUCAGUUUUCACGAUGGUAUACAUGCCUUCCACUUUCAACAACUUUCUCCACAAGAAUCCCAACUAUAUAUUAUAGAAAUUCCUUUGUUAUUCAGUAUAUACUAAUAUAUAAUGCAUAGUGUGUGUGUGUGUGUGUGUGUGUGUAUAUAUUAGUAUAUACUAAUGGAAGAUAUUGAGUAUAUAUUAAUGAAAGUUACAUAUUAGGUACAACUAUAAAACAGAAGCAUAAAUCCAUGAAGCUUUACAUUUAAAAACUUCAUCUUAUAAUACUAUAAAGGAAAAUAUGUAUAUUAGUUGAAGAAAUUGCUAUUUUUGCAGAAUAUGCACAAUCUGGAUAUACGAUAAUAAAUUGAUAAACAUUAACCAAUUUACUAUUUCAUACCUCCAGGAACUUUGAUUUUUUAAUUCUUCUUAUCCCUUUAGCAUAUUUGCAAUAUAUGUCAUAAGUUUUAAUUUGUUAUGGAUAAAAAUGACUGAAAAAUGUAAUAGAAAGUGCUAUAUAUUUUAUAAAUAUUAAAGAUUUAAGAAAAAUAUUCUAAUUAUUUAUUUAAUUUUU